UCCAUACUUUAAAAAGAGACUGUUACCGACUAUUUACUACAGAUCCAACUAGUUCAACUGACUGAAGUUAGAAAGUUACUGGAGAAAGAAGCAAUUAUGUUUAAGAGAAGGCCACAGGUAGAGAAGCAGUUUAUAUCUGGCAAAAGUACAAGAGAUGUACCUGAAGCAAUACAACUAGCCUCUUUCAAGAAGGAGCCUCCACUGGCUGCCUACACAGGACCCAACACUGGACUAAGAGUACUUGAUACUGACACUGAGAUCUCAACCAGUGAUCAGUGUGUUGCUGGUGUCAAUGAUUGGAACAAUCCCUCAGACUAUGCUUAUGGUCUCUCAGUCUCUUUGUAUGAAACUGAUAAACGUUGCAAUAGGCAGGUUGGGGGGCCAGUGGCUGACGUAUUUGGAGUUGUGGUCAGGGAGAAUAAUGCAAUAAUGGCAAUUGCUGAUGGAUCAGGCUGGGGAAAGAAGGCUCGUUUAGCUGCUCGCUGUGCAGUCAAUGGAGCAAUAGCACACAUUACUGAUAACCUCCAUAAACUCUCUGUUAAGAAACCAACAUCUGCCACACUCAACAAGCUACUGCAUGAAUCAAUGGACAUUGCUCAUAAAUCCAUCCUCUCUCAUGGAGGAACUCUCACUACACUCAGCAUUGCUGUUGCUUGUGAGCUGAGCGCUCCAUCAAAUCAAUGGGGGCUCUUUGUUGCUAGUGUAGGAGAUAGUCCAGUAUUUGUAUAUUGUCCACACACCUACCAGUUGCAUGAAGCUACAGUUGAUUGUCAUUCAAAGGAUGGUAAUAGAGUUGUCCAGCUCUCAGGAGGUGCUCUAGGUCCCGCUAUUGGUACUUUACCAGAUUUGGAUAAUUUCAGUAUGUCCUAUUCUCCAGUCUAUCCUGGUGAUAUUGUACUGCUAAUGACUGAUGGGGUAUAUGAUAACUUUGCUCCUGGUGUGGUGCAAGCAGUUCAUGAUGAAAGAGCUCUUGAUUGUGAUUCAGGAGUUUCAUUCACACCACCAAACGCCAGCCCUGUCCCUGGUCCAAAUGAAGGUUCCUCGAGUCCAGUACUGAAUAGACAAACCUGCUGUCCAUCUCCCAGCAACCCUCAUACCACAGAGAGGCCAUGGCCUCCUUGUGACGUUGAUCUUCACAGAAGCAUAUCAUCAGCUCAUCCUCCUUCAUCAGUUUAUGCUGAAGAGGACACUCAGUUGAUAGAGCUUAAGAAAUGUUGUGAAUCCCUUCCGGAAAUGAUGAAAUUCCUUCAUCAGCAUCAGGCCAAUCUUUGUGGCAACAUGACAGCUCAAACCGUUUCUUCUGCAAUCAUCAACUUUGUUUACGAAGCGACUGAAAAGAAGAGAAUCUUUAAAAGCGAUUGUCUUGAGAAAGACAUUAAUGUGUCUCGAAGAAGAAGAGCUGAUCCUGAGUUUGCUAGCGAAUUGCAAAGCCACAAAAGUAAACUAGACCAUGCAACAAUUGUAUCUUAUUGUAUUGGUACACAUUAACUAAUGAAGUUUGUUUUUGCAUGUUUUUAAUUUUAAAAAUACUUUAUUAUCAGGACUACUCUUA